CCCACCAGGAGCAGCUCCGCUCCCGUCCCUGCCUUCCUGACAGGCUUCCCGGGAUAACCUGCAGCGCCAGCCCCGGGACCGCUGGGUGGAGGCCGCGGCUGCCAUGGCCGGGAGCUGCAAUAACGUCAGCCCGGGCACCGGGGAGAUCAUCCAGCUGAAUGUGGGGGGCACCAGAUUCAGCACAUCAAGACAAACCCUCAUGUGGAUCCCGGACUCCUUCUUCUCCAGCCUCUUGAGCGGAAGGAUUUCAACACUUCGGGAUGAAACUGGAGCAAUAUUUAUUGAUCGCGAUCCGACAGCAUUUGCACCUAUAUUGAAUUUCCUUCGAACAAAGGAACUGGAUUUAAGAGGAGUCAGUCUGAAUGUUCUGCGCCAUGAAGCUGAAUUCUAUGGAAUUACUCCUCUGGUAAGAAGAUUGUUGUUAUGUGAAGAACUGGAGCGCUCCUCAUGUGGCAGUGUGCUGUUCCAUGGCUAUUUACCUCCCCCUGCUAUUCCCAGCAGGAAGUUGACCUGCGAAGCUUCUUCCUCAGCUGAGAAUAAGGUGAUUCCGAGACCAUGCGAGGUAUCUGUCCAAGGGAGCGCCGCACAGCCCACCCUCUCCGGUGUAGAAGGGGUGGUGAAACUAGGAUUCCCAGUGGAUCCCCGGAAAGUACUAAUAGUAGAGGGCCAUCACAACUGGAUUGUCGCUGCCUACGCUCAUUUUGUGGUGUGUUACAGCUGGUAUGACUGCGAUCACCAUGAACAUAAAACAAUAAAGGAGUCCUCCGGCUGGCAGCAGGUUUUCUCAAGCCCCUAUCUAGACUGGACUAUUGAAAGGGUGGCUCUCAAUGCAAAAGUUGUGGGAGGUCCCCACGGUGAUAAAGAUAAGAUGGUGGCCGUCGCCUCGGAGAGCAGCAUCAUCCUUUGGAGCAUACAGGAUGGAAGCAGCGGAAAUGAAAUAGGUGUGUUCAACCUUGGCGUGCCAGUGGAUGCGCUCUUCUUUAUUGGUAACCAGCUGGUUGCGACCAGUCAUACAGGGAAGGUCGGGGUGUGGAACGCCGUCACUCAGCACUGGCAGGUACAAGAUGUGGUUCCCAUCACCAGCUACGACACCGCUGGAUCAUUUCUUCUCCUGGGAUGUAACAAUGGAUCAAUCUAUUAUAUAGAUAUGCAGAAGUUCCCACUACGUAUGAAGGACAAUGACCUUCUGGUCACGGAAUUGUACCACGAUCCCUCCAACGAUGCCAUCACUGCACUGAGUGUCUACCUCACCCCGAAAACAAGUGUCAGUGGAAACUGGAUAGAGAUCGCUUACGGCACAAGCUCUGGAGCGGUCCGGGUGAUUGUGCAGCAUCCAGAGACCGUAGGCUCCGGCCCACAGCUCUUCCAGACCUUUACCGUGCACAGGAGCCCGGUGACGAAGAUCAUGCUGUCCGAGAAACACCUGGUGUCAGUUUGUGCGGACAAUAACCAUGUCCGGACCUGGACAGUAACUCGCUUCAGGGGAAUGAUCUCCACCCAGCCUGGGUCAACUCCACUCGCCUCCUUCAAAAUCCUAUCCCUGGAGGAGACAGAGAGCCAUGGCAGCUAUUCUUCAGGCAAUGAUAUAGGGCCUUUUGGAGAACGAGACGACCAGCAAGUGUUUAUCCAGAAGGUGGUUCCUAUAACUAAUAAGUUGUUUGUUAGGCUUUCUUCAACUGGAAAAAGAAUCUGUGAAAUCCAAGCAGUCGACUGCACGACCAUCACAUGUUUUACUGUCCGGGAAUGUGAAGGAUCGAGCCGGAUGGGCUCCAGGCCCCGGCGCUAUCUCUUCACAGGACACUCAAAUGGAAGUAUUCAAAUGUGGGACCUGACAACCGCAAUGGAUAUGGUGACCAAGACGGAAGAUAAAGAUGUUGGAGGCCCAACGGAGGAAGAGCUCCUAAAGUUAUUAGACCAGUGUGACCUGAGUGCUUCCCGCUGCGCCACACCGAAUAUCAGCCCGGCCACCUCUGUGGUUCACCAAAGUCGCCUACGAGAUUCUAGCUCCAGUUUACAACUUCAUCAUGAGACGAUACAUGAAACCGCCACUUACGGCUCUGUGAGACCGUACCGCGAGAGCCCCUUGUUGGCACGAGCCCGGCGUACAGAAAGCUUCCACAGCUACCGGGAUUUCCAAAACUUUAGCUUCAACAAAAACAACAUCGAGAGGGGUGACCCAGAAAAUGGGAAUCUACUUCCGAAAAAUGAGAUGCGACCAAGUGAUCACGAAAGCUGCCUCCUCGAUAAAGCCACAACGGCACAAAAACCGACCAAGUGUAUGGAGAGCGCUGGCGAGUGCAUCCGCCAUCCUGAGAGCACCGAUGUCAGGAGGAGGAUCGUGGAGGAAGAAAGUGAACUCAAGUCUGAAUCGAGGAAGAAAAGCGGCUUCGAAGGUGCGUUCCUCAGCAGACGGAAGGUUUCUCAAGUACCUCACUUAAGCUCGUCGCCAGGUGACGGUGGAAAUGAGUCGUCUGGGACCGCCUCACCUUCUCCUACAAAGUCCUCCACUUCACCACGGCGUAAAAAAAGUGACUCCUCCUGCCAGGACUAUGCAUUAUAAUAUAAAAUAAUCCUCAAUGAGCUAAUCAUGCUGCACAAGUGGAUUCAACACUAAACUCAGCCCAAAGUGCUGAUCAGGAGUAGAGGGGAGUCACACGAUGCAAAUGUCCCCCCGCCAUGACUUCUAGGAAAUCACAAGUACCAUAAUUCACAGUCUUGGGUAGUGGUUGUAAUGGUGUCCCUAGUAUUUAAAGGGAUUAUCCAGGUUUAAGUGAAGCUGCUGUAUAAUAUCUCCAGCAUUGCUCUGGUCCCUCCUGUACUGGUCUGUCUCUACAUACAUUACGUCCAUGGGCAAGACAUAUUUACAUAGAAGUCUGUCAUCGGUGGAUGCACUAUGGUGACCAUUCAUUAAGACCAGCAUUUUCCACGCCGGUCUAACGUCCCUCUUCGCUGCCGGAUCAAACACCAAAGUUAUGUAGAGGCGACAGACUGAACCCGGCGUGGAACAUAAUAAAUGAGCUGGACCCACACCACGUGGUGGUAGUUAUGGCGCACAUAAGCUAUGCACCAAGACUUGCAAAACCUUUACACCACUUUUGGCGUGAUAAAUGUCCUCCGUAAAUGUGGACAAAUAGACCUUUUCUGGUCACCAGCGUGCCUAGGGAGCCAAUCAAUGUAGAAGAUGUGCGUACCCUCAGUAGAGGCACGAAAGCAUCACCUGUUUGUUCCACUACCACAUUUUCUAUUAUGAGACCAUAUUUCCCCCAUCUGAGACAGCGAAUGCUAAAGUAUAGAUCCAUAAUGGGAAAUAAUGGAAAGUUGCUGGUGAGCACCAUCUCUAAUUACAAAGGGAGCUUUUACAUUCCUGUCUGAAAGCAGCAUAGGAUAAGAGACGCUGAGCUUGGAGACGCUGAGCUUGGAAAUAUAGAGAUAUAGAUAUGUGGUUUAGUAUUUCCAUGUAAAAUGGCAAAAUUGAUGUAAAACAUCUCAAAGGGGUCGC